AUGGCUGCAGGGACUACCCUAUCUGCCUCGUUGAAGAAACGAAGAUUCCAGGUCCCUAUCACGCAAUACUUCUCUCCCUCUCCUUCACAGCAAACUGGAAGCGAACCCUCGUCACACUUCAACUACAACGCACCCACACACUCUGCGCACCCAACCCUGCCUGCCACGAUACAGUCGUCUCUCCUGGCAGUUGGCAUGCGAGUUCGAAAGGCUGUACCGGAAGGGUACCGAACGAAAAUAAUAGCCAAGCCAAACUAUCAUCAACCCAAGGCUACAACCCAGAAUGAACAAUAUACGGCCAGCUCAAUAUCCCCUGCACAUACGGAAUUAAUCCCUUUCAGCGGUGCAUUCAAGGUUGGGAACUAUGGAGUACAAUCGUUCCCUGAGCCUUCCGCAGCCAUGGUUGGACCAAUGGUGACUGGAAGACAACUGGACGAAGAAUCGCUUCCGUCGAGUAGCCAGGAGUCCACGCAAUCAUUUGAUUCCUCCGUGUCCCUUCCAAGGCCUAACCCCUAUAAGCGUGGUUUCGACGAGGACGACGAGGACUUCGAGAGCCAAGAUGUAUUUCCUUCACGCAUUUACCCUGCACAUUCGCGACCCACCCUACAGCCGAGAACUGGGAGGCAAAGAACAUUAUUGAAGUCGUCCCCUGCCUCCUCAACACUGAAAAGAAGCCCAGAGCAGGAAGACCCGAGCGCAGCAUUCGUUUUUGAUAGUGUUGGCGGCGGAGAUUUUGACGAUGCUGCUUUUCUGAAGAGAAGAGAAGAUGUUGACGAGGAAUACUUGCGGGAAGCAAGGGAGGUCCGGAUGAGUGGCGUUUAA